AUGUCACAAUUCUCAAAAGCAUUGAGGGAGUUUGUUGCCUCCAAAGCCGACUUUUCGAUUAUAUACUCAACAUUAGCAUCUAGCAACAGUAGUGGUGGUAAUACAAGUACACAGCAAGCCGCAUUUGUUACCCCACAUACUCAACGAGUAUGUGUGUUGGACUCCUCAUUCAAUCCACCCCAUUUAGGACACUCGGCUCUUGUAGAAGAGCUGUUGCGCUCAAACUACGAUCAUAUACCAAACGAAAACAAAAGUUUGCUCUUGCUACUAUCAGUGAAAAAUGCCGACAAAGAAACAGACCACUUGCCAUUGGAAGUAUUUGAGCAAAGACUCGAUAUGAUUCAAUUGAUGGCCAAUGACUUGUCUAAAAGAUUUCCCAUAAACAUCUCAAUUGGAUUGACAAAUCAUGCCAAGUUUGUUGAUAAGUCAUUAUCAAUCAUCAGCUAUAUCGAAGAAAAGUUCCCAGACAUUGUCACACCAGAUUUCAAAUUGACUUUUUUGAUUGGUUUUGACACUUUGGUGAGAAUAUUGGACCCCAAAUAUUACUUGCCGGAUAAAUUUUCACAAUCUUUGGAAAACUUUAUGAAGAAGACGGAUUUGUUUUGCUUAACGAGACACGACGCUGUAAAGAGUUUAACGCAACAAGAAGGAUACGUAAAAGAGAUUUCAAGUGGAAAGCACGAAGAUAUCCCGAGCCAUUGGUCAAAUAAUAUAUUCAUGUUGCCCAGCUUGAAUGAAGAAAUUGCAAACUUGAGCAGCUCGAGUAUUAGAAAAGAGAUUCUUUCCCAAGGUCACGGCGAUUCAAAGUGGAGAGCACAUGUGAUUCUAGAGGUGGCAAAGUACAUUGAUGAACACGAUAUCUACUUAUCAACAACAAGUUAG